GAAGCCAUUUUGCUCCAAUCUCGAAACGAAGACUCUCAGAACUCAUCUUCAGAACUCAUCAAGAUGCCACGUGGAAAGGGUUUCCGCCGGUCCCAGGCGGCCAAGAGGAGGAAUGCUGAGCGUUACACGCUCGGUUCCUUCAUGGAUGUCAUUGAGGUUAUGCCUCCUUUAAAACAAAAGGCUGCUCCCCACAGCUCUGACAAACAGAGCCAUGAGAACGCUGACAGAGAGAAUGCCGACAGAGAGAACGCUCACAGAGAAAACUGUUUGAAUUGCCGUAAGGCUCCUGACAAUGUUCCAAACUCUAUCACAAAUGUUCCAAAGUCUGCUACAAGUGUUGCCAAAAGUGUUCCAAAGUCUACCAAAAGUGUUCCAAAGUCUGCCACAAGUGUUACUAAAAGUGUUCCAAAGUCUGUCACAAGUGUUACUAAAAGUGUUCCAAAGUCUGUCACAAGUGUUCCAGUGUCUAGCAAAAGCUGGAGUGAUGUUACCAGAGCUUCACUUGUCAAUAACUCUGGUUAUUUCCCACAGAAAGUCAUACGUGGUUCUUUCCAUCAGGGUGAUGCGCGAUUUGGUUCAAACAGAAACCGUCAGUGUGCAGUGAACAGUAUCACAGCAGUCAUGACGAGUGUGCUGAAGGAUGUGCUGACGUGGACAACAGAGGACCUGAAUGCUGUUCUGUUGCAUGGAGAUGAGCUGUACACAUCAAUGACACUGCAGGGGCAGAUCCACGAUCGAACAGGGCUGGGUCAUAUUUCUGUUGCAGAAAUGCCAAGACUGCACACACUUGAUAACACAACAUUCUCAAUAAAGCAUGGAGAAUCUUUCUGUGGUGUUAUUGGUGUUGAUGUCUAUGAUGAAUCAUUGCGAGAUGUGUCUAUGUCUAUAGAAGAAGCACUUCAAAGGGCUCUGCUUCAGUAUGAUGCAUGUUUGUUAAACAUUAAACAUUACAUUUGUGCAGUCAUAAAGGCAGGGACAGUAUUUGCUCUAGUGGAUCCCCAUUCACGUAAUGCAUGUAACAUUCAAGUGGAUGAUCAGAGCACAAGUCGCAAUUUGCGAAAAAGGAAAUUAAAUGACACAGAAGAGUAUUCUAAAAGUAAAAGAGAACGUCAGAGAUACCACAGCGACUCCAAUUUCAGACAGAAAAAAAUUGAGAACAUUAGAACGAAAUACUGUGAAGACAGUGAUUACAGGCAGAAAAAGAUUGAGGACAUCAGAACGAAAUACUGUGAAGACAGUGAUUACAGGCAGAAAAAGAUUGAGAACAUCAGAAAGAAAUACUGUGAAGACAGUGAUUUUAAGGAGAAAAAACUGGAAAAUCUUAGAGAUAAAUAUAAGAACAAUAUCAAUUUACAACAGUCAAAACGUGAAAGAUCAAAGGAUAAAUAUCAGGGAAACCCGACCUUUAAAGCAAGUGUAUGUGAAUAUUCAAAGAAUAAAUACAGCAAAAACCCCACCUUUAAAGCAAGCGUACGUGAAUACUCUAAAAAGAAAUAUCAUGACAAUGAAAAUUUCAGAAUGAGUAUAAUACAAAAAAGAGCUGAAAGUUCUGCAAAACAGAAGGACAGACAGAAAGAUAUCGAUUUUACUAUUAAUCAGUUUCAUCAAGAAGUCAGUACAGGCCCAGAAUUUGUUUGCAGUGUUUGUCAUCGUUUAUUGUUCAGAAAACAAGUUAUUGAAUGUAAAAGAGAUUGCUAUAAAAUCAGAGGUCAACAAAUUACAGAUUUGGCUGAAAGAUGUAUUACAGAAAAGUAUUUACACAUAUGCAAUACUGAAUGUGAAAAUAAAUGCCAGUUAUCAGGCAAUCCAGCUUGUAAAUUGUGGAUUUGCUAUACAUGCCAUCGUAAAAUUCUGGGUGGAAAAUUGCCUGAAGAGAGUAUUGCCAACAACAUGCAUCUGGUGGACAUUCCAAAAGAACUAAAAGGUUUGAACUCAUUGGAGGAACAUCUUAUUGCACGCAAUAUUCCUUUUAUGAAGUUGCUUUGUCUUCCACGUGGAAAACAGAAAGGCUGUCAUGGCCCAGUCGUCACCGUUCCUGUUAAUACUGCAGUUGUCUCAAAUAUUCUUCCACGUAAUGAAUGUGAUGAUCACAUGAUAAAAAUAAAACUGAAACGGAAAUUAACAUAUAAAGGCCAUUAUGAAUAUAAAUAUGUCAGCACUGAUCGUGUCAGAUAUGCACUGUCUUAUUUGGUGAGACAUAACAAGUGGUAUAAUGAUGUGGAGUUUAAUGAGCAGUGGAUAAACUCUUUGAAUGCAGUUGAUAAAGUUGAGAAUUGUGAUGAUGAUUUUGAAAUGGAGGAACAAGAUGUAACAGACAAAAAUGAAGAUGACAAAGUAGUUCAAGAUGAUCCAGAAGAAGACAUAACAUAUAUUAAAGAACAAAGUGGUCUUUUGUCAGAUACAUCGCUGCAACCUGUUGAUCUGGGUUCAGAGAUAAUAGAUCAACAUUUUCAUGAUGUGCUGAAUGUAGCACCAGCUGAAGGUAACAGUCCUAUUAGACUGCUAUCCGAUAAAUCCAAUGAGGCAAAGUGUUUCCCUGUCCUCUAUCCUAUUGGUGGCCCGACAUUCCAUGAUGAAAGACCAGAAAAAAUCACAUUGUCAAGAUACCUGAAUGCAAGAUUACUAAAUGCAGAUGGACGUUUUGCACAGAGCACAGACUUCAUUUUUUAUGCACAAUAUUUAUCAGAACUUGAUCAAAUUGUAUCCAAUGUCUCAAUUGCACUGAGGAAAGGUUCUGAGAAAAAUUGCUUAAAAGUAACAGCAGAUAUGCUAACAAACUCUGAUUCCUUGAAAAGAAUAUUAAAUUAUGAUGAAGGAUAUAAGUUCUUAAGACCAGUAAGAGGGACACCUCCCUAUUGGAUGUCUACGCAAAAAGAUCUGUUUGCCCUAAUUAGACAACUAGGCAUACCUACUUUUUUUGCAUCUUUUAGUUCUGCUGAUCUGAGAUGGCCUGAAAUGUUGAACACUAUUAUUAAGCAAGAGGGGAAACAAAUAAAUGUCGAUGAGCUUGACUGGUCCGAAAAAUGUGGACUCAUAAGACGAAAUCCUGUCACUGCAGCAAGGAUGUUUGAUCACAGAUGGCAUUGUUUUCUAAAAAAUGUCAUAAUGUCUCCAGCAAAGCCUAUCGGCGAGAUAAAAGACUACUUUUAUCGUGUUGAAUUUCAACAACGUGGUUCUCCUCAUGUUCACUGUCUGUUUUGGGUGGAAAAUGCUCCGAAGCUCAAUGAUCAUGAUGCAGACAAUGAUGCUCUGGUUGCUGACUUUAUUGACACGUACAUCACUUGUGAGACACCACCAGAAAAUGACACUGUACUUUACGAGACAGUGAACAGUGUUCAGAAGCACAGUACAAGACAUUCAAAAACAUGUCGUAAGAAAAAUACAGUUUGUAGAUUUAAUUUUCCAAGACCGCCAUCUAGUCGGACCUUCAUUACAAGAGAAACCAAUGCAGAUGAGUUAAAAGGCAAGGGUGAAGAUACAACAGCAAGUGCAAUCAUAAAGAAAGUGAAAACCGCUUUAAACUCUGAUGUGAAUUUUGAUUCGGUUGAUGCCUUCUUUUCAUCUAUUGGGAUUAAUCAAACUAUGUUUGAAAAAGCAUACAACGAAUGUUCCAAAAAGAAAAGUAUUGUCUUAAAAAGAAAUCCAAAAGAUGUUUGGGUAAAUCAGUAUAACAGAGAUUUAAUGCGUGCUUGGCAAGGCAAUAUGGAUAUUCAGUAUGUUACAGAUGCUUUUUCUGUAGUGGUCUACAUACUAAGUUACAUUACAAAAGCAGAACAAGAAAUGGGACUCCUGCUUCAACGUGCGCAAAAUGAAGCGAUGAAUGGAAAUCUUGAAGUUAAAGAAUCAUUAAAACAGUUGGGAAGUAUCUAUCUUCACAACAGAGAAAUUUCAGCUCAAGAGGCAGUGUACAGGCUGACAGGCAUGCAUUUGAAGGAAUGUUCCCGUAAAGUACAAUUUAUUCCAAUAGGACAAAACCCUGUAAAGAUGAGUUUGCCUUUGCAUAUACUCCAAAACAAAAUGGAAAAUGACCAGUCUGAUGAUGAAAGUUAUUUGUGGAUGACAAGCGUCACUGACAGGUACAAGAACAGACCAGAGAAAGAACCUCUGGAAAAUCUAUGUCUUGCCAGUUUUUGUUCGGAGUACAGAGUUCUGACAAAAUCAGAGGUUUCCUCACAAAAAAAAACAGCAGAAAAUGAAAUAAUUAAACUCAAUAACAAUAACGGUUAUGUAAAACGGAGGACACGGACUGAACCUGCAGUAGUGAGGUAUCCAAGAUUUUCUCCCACGAAAGAUCCAGAAAAAUAUUAUCAUUCAUUAUUGCAGCUUUUCUUUCCACAUUAUGAUGACUCUGAUCUGAAGCCUAGCAAGUAUGACACAUAUGAGGAGUUUUACAACAGCGGUGUCAUAAAAAUGGGUUCUGAAGUGAAACAAGUCAAAUUGAUUGUUGACGGCAACAGAGCAUUGUUUGAAAAGGAAAGUGACAAAAUAGACAGAGCAAAACAGCUUUUGGAACAGGAUAUUGAUUUGGAAGAUGCUUGGGCCCAGAUUUGUCCUGAAACCGAAAAACAGCGUGAUGAAUGCAUCGAACUGAUGAAGGAUAAACUAUUGCUCGAUGAAGAUGACAGUCAAGAACUUAUUCCAGAUCUUACAGCAAACCCUCAAACUGUGUGUACCAUUGAAACAAACCACACUACAAUGCCUAGAGAGGAGGCACUGCAUUUACUAAGGUCAUUAAACGAGGAACAAUCUGCUGUGUUCUACAAAGUACGGAAAUGGUGUUUACAGAAAUUACUAGGACAAAACCCAGAACCAUUUCGAUUAUUUCUUACUGGUGGAGCAGGUACAGGAAAAAGUCAUCUAAUUAAAGUAAUACAAUAUGAAUCUUGCAGACUAUUAUCUCAACUUUCUGAGAAUCCUGAUGACAUUACUGUACUUUUGACAGCUUCAACCGGAGUUGCUAGCUUUAACAUUGGAGGGGGAACUAUACAUAAUAAACUUUCAAUUGGUGCAAAUGUCCGACUGCCAUAUCAGCCUCUCAGCGAUGACAAAAUAAACUCGUUGCGAACAAAAUUGGGUACUUUGCAAAUUUUGAUUAUUGAUGAAGUGUCCAUGGUUGACCAUCGUCUUUUGUCAUACAUUCAUGGAAGGCUGCGACAAAUAAAACAAACUGGUGACUACUCUCUCUUUGGGAAAGUCAGUAUUCUUUGUGUUGGGGAUUUCUAUCAACUUCCUCCCGUAAAAGGAACUGCUCUCUAUGCUGAUACAAAGGGAGUGAACCUAUGGGAAAAUAACUUUGAACUUGCUGAAUUAACUAAAGUUGUUCGACAACAAGAUUCAAGUUUUGCUGAAAUGUUAAAUCGGCUCAGAGUACGUAAGAAAAAUGAAUGUCUUACCACCAAUGACAUUGGUAUGUUGAAAAAAUGUGAAUCAGGAGAGAAGUGUAAUGAUAUUCACAUAUUUGCUACAAAUGCUGAAGUUGAUAAAUAUAACAUUGAAAGGCUACAUGAAUGUUGCCCAGAGGCAAUUAGUAUAAACGCUCAAGAUUACGUCAAAAACUCAAAAACUGGACGAAUGGAGCGUAAAGUUGGAUUUCAUGCAAAAGUUUUCAACUCAUCUUUGUCUAAAUGUGUUUCCCUGGGUAUUGGAGCAAGAGUUAUGCUGAAAAAAAAUAUUGAGGUUGCUGAUGGUCUUGUCAAUGGAGCGUUUGGCACAGUUGUUCACAUAAGUGAAAGUCAAAGCAAUGAUAAUGAUUUCCCAUCAGCUAUACAUGUGGAGUUUGAUGAUCCAAAUGUCGGUAAAAUUCAGAGAUCUAAAACACGCCAUAGAUUUUCCCAAAAUUCAACAGUAAUUGAUGUACAAGAAGAUCAAGUCACAAAUGAUGGUGGUAUAAGGCGUCAGUUUCCUCUCAGAUUGGCAUGGGCAUGCACAGUUCAUAAAGUGCAAGGACUCACAGUAGACAGAGCUGUUGUAUCACUUAAGAAAAUCUUUACAGCAGGGCAAGCAUAUGUUGCAUUGAGCAGAGUAAGAUCUCUCAGUGGAUUAAUAAUUGAGGACUUUAAAGAGUCUGCCAUAUUUUGUAAUGAUAAAAUUGAGUUGGCUAUGAAAGAUAUGCCAAAAUUGUCUAUGGAAAAUGAGAGUUUCACUGAAUCACUUGGUAGAUUCAAAUUAGCAUUGCUUAAUGUACAAAGUCUGAAAGCUCAUUUUCAGGAUGUUCUUGCACAUACAGUUUUAAUGGAUGCUGAUUGUAUUUGUUUGACAGAAACCUGGCUAAAUGCUGAUGACAAAGCACAAGAAACACAAAUACCAGAAUUUGUGUUCAAGCACAAUCCAAGAGCUAACUGUUAUGACAAUAUCAAACCUCAAGUGUAUAACUCGAAACUUGCUGGUUCAAGCUUAAGCCAGGUCAACAAAGCCAUUAGCUCUGUGAUCUUCAUCAUUCCCAACGACACCACCUCAGUCUGCCGAUCUUCUGUCUUCACCUUGGCCCUCCAGUCCAGUGGCAUUAUACUGGUUCUCCAGCAGUUUGGCAUCAUCUUGUCUCUUACCCCCACCAUCACACUGGCUGUUUAA